AUGACAGCACUGCCCCUUGAUCACGUUGGCACGGUCGCGGCUGCCAGCGUCAUUGUAGCGUCUGCGGUCUUGAUCAGAUUCAUCAUCUAUCCCAUCUUUCUCUCACCUCUAUCCAAGGUUCCCGCGGCCCAUCCACUGGCCUGCGUGACCCCGUUAUGGAUUCAGUGGCGCAGGUGGCGAGGCACAGAAUUCGAGUGCAUCGCGGGGGCCUUUGCAAGAAAAGGCCCGUAUGUUCGCCUUGCCCCGAACGAGAUUGCCGUCAAUGCCAUCGAAGCCGUACAGAAUGUCUAUGGCGUGGGAAGCAACAACUUCGAUAAGCAUCCGUCGUACGAUUACUUCGUUACCCAAGGAGCGCGUAAUGUGUUCACCUCGCUCGCAAAGGACCACAGGGCACGGAGACGCAGCAUCUCAAGCAUCUACUCGCGCUCAUUCGUGCAGACGUCCCCGCACGCCCGCGCUAUAAUGCAUUCUCUCAUGGUGGAUAGAAUGCUACCGGUGCUUACUCGAGCAUCGGCCUCGCACGAUUCAUGUAGAGGCCUCAAUGUUUUGCCCCUGUUCCAGUCCUUUGCACUCGACUUCAUGUCCAGCUUCGCGUUUGGGGUUUCUAGGAGCUUCGAUUUCAUCCGUGAUGAGCACGCGCGGUGGCGAUGGAUCAACCAGUUCAACUUGAGCUACCCGCCGGAGAGUGCCUUUUGGAUGAAGGAAUAUCCCCUGCUGGUCAAGCUGCUUCCGGCCGUCGGCAUUGCCAUGGUUCCUAGUGGCCAUUCCAACGCCCGCAAGGCUUGUGAGGACUGGGCUCUUGACAAGGUCGAGGAGUGUGAGGCGGUCGUACAACGCGCUGGCGGUGACCUACGGAGUGCCAUGUCACUCCCACCAGGAGAGCUUCCGGUUCUGUACAGCCAUGUGCGAUCUGGCCUUGCGCGACGACGUGCUGGUUCCGAGAAAGGCUUUGUGCCAGAUCAAAACGACAAGCGGGAACUAGCCAGCACCAUGUUUACGUACAUGAUCUACGAGCUCUCACGCCACGAAAAGAUCCAAGACCAAUUACGCCAAGAGUUCUUGGCCAUCGAGGCUCCAUUUUUGUAUGAUGGAAGCCUCCAGCCUUGUAUAGCACUUCCCUCUCCGCAAAGCCUCGAGCGACUCCCAUUCUUGGACUGCGUCAUAAAGGAAAGUCUCCGUCUCCGUAACAACGCUCCCAACCUCGACCCACGCGUCACUCCCGCAAAACCCCAUUGCAAGGUUGGCUUGUUGACUAAUCUCCCGCCGGGUGUGCGCGUCGGCACGUACGGGUGGUGCCUCAACCGCAAUGCCGAGGUGUUCCCCAGACCGGAGAGCUGGGAGCCACAUCGCUGGCAGUGCGGCGGGCCAGAGGCUGCGGCGCGUCGGGGCCAGUGGCUCUUCGCCUUUGGAGGCGGCAGCCGUGGCUGUAUUGGGCAACAAGUUGCCAUGGAGUUGAUGAGGCUGCUUCUCUGUGGCAUCUAUACAAAUUUCAGGACAACAGUUGCUGACGAGAGCGAGUACCCUGGCGCGAAUGAGUUUGUCGGAAGCGACUGCAAGAAGAAGCUUUUCAUUAGGUUUGAGAAGCUGGGGAAUCUGUAGAUGACGGACG